AUGUUAAAAGCUGUGUACAUAUUCGUUGUAGCCACUGUCGUAUGCAUCAACGCUAAAAAAAUGCCAGAUAAAUAUUUUGGCACAUAUAAACUGGAGCGUUCGAAUAAUUUAGAGGAAUAUUUGAUUGCAAGAGGAUAUCGCUGGUUCUCGAGACGUUUAAUAAUGUUAGCCAGCAUCACCAAAGUCAUACGGAAGGCAACAUCUGGAAUGCCACUUCGUUACGAUAUGGACACGUUAACGUGGAAGAAGAACGUUUAUUACAGAGAUUUCGUUUUAGGACGCCAAUUUGAGAGCGAAGGACUAGAAGAAGGUCUUUUCAAGGUGACAAUGGAUUUGAAGAACGGUACCGACAUAUUGACCGAAAAUGUAAUUCGAGUUGGUGAUCCGGAUGACAACGAAACGUUUGAAUAUACCAGAGAUGGUAAUUAUCUCAUAAUGGUCAGCGACAUUUUAUUACAUGUUGUUAGGGCAUUGAGAUUAGUGACAUAA